AUGAAAGAAAAUCGAUUACAAAUUUUAAUUUUAUCACCGUUUUUUUAUAUACCAAUCAUGUUCUUAGCAUUAUGUGGUGGUCGGUCGAAAUCGACUUAUUUUUGUGUUAAUACAAUUGUUUCAAGAUUUGUUUUUGUAACAUCGGGAAUAAUGAUUGUUUAUUAUGCAAGAAAAUUAACUACGUCAGAAGUAAACAGUAAUCAAAAUAAAAAAUCAUUAUUAAUUGUCAAACGAUUUCAACAUCAAUGGAUUCGAUCGAUGUAUACAUUUGAAAGAUUUCGAAUGCAAAUCUGGAGAAAACUAGAAUAUUGGUUUAGUUUAAUUAGUUCUAAUCAAUAUAUGAAACUAUUACCAAUAAAAUCAACUUUCGUUUCAUCAUAUAAUUGCAAUCGUCGUCGUCACAUGAUAACAUCUGGAAAUAUUCCAUUUACAAAUAAAUUGUCAAAUGUAGAUGUAACACAAACAUUUAGUGAAAUGGAUGAAAGAGACACAAAUUCUUUAUAUAUCGAAGAAGAUAUCGAUUCAUCAUCAUCGUACGAUAUUGUUAUUAAUCGGUCUUUAUCAUCACCUAUCAAAUUUUAUACAGCUGAUAAAAAAUUUUCUUCGCAUAAAAAACCUGACUUGAAUAAACUUAAAAUGAUCAAUGUGAAUACACGAGUAUAUUCAGAUAUACCAUCCAUUAAUAAUAAUCUUCGAUCAGCCAGUAAUCAAUUAAUAUUUUCUAAAAAUAUAUCAACUCCAAGUGUAACAUCCAUUGAAUUUAUUUUAACACCUACUUAUUCGACCGAUAAACCUCAACAAAGUUCUUCGAAUGACAAUAAAAAUACGAUCGAUACUAUUCAAUAUUCUCAAUAUCUUCAACAACAUUCCAGAAAAAUUAAUAAUAAUAAUAAUAAAAUGUCAAUAUCUUCAUCAUUUCAUGGUCUACGCUCUAAAUCUUCUCAUUUCAUAUUAAAUAGUUUUCGUUUAAUAUCAAAACGACGAUUAGCCAAAUGGAAUCAAUAUUUAACUGGCAAAUGUCAUCGAUUUUUUUAA